ACCCACACCUGACCGCUUGCUGUUAGAACAUUGUCUAUGAUAAAAGAUCCACAUUAGAUCGACAGACGCGUUAUCUAACUAUAGAAAACGCUCGUUUCAAAGAAUAUAAAGUUCUUGUAUUGGCUACAAGCUAGAAGUUGCCAUCGAAAUUCCCCGCUUUAUUGAUUUUUGUUUAGAGAAGGCAAUGUAUUGAUUAUAACAAUUUGACCGGAAUGUUCCGUAAUCCGUAAAAUUUAUAGAUCUUAGAUCUUAAAUAGAUAAUCGCGAUAACUUGAUAUUUUUUAAUGCCCCGCUGAUAUCAUCGAUAAAGUAUUAUUUAGCAGUUCUGAAGUGCAGUGCAAUUUAACAUAUUUAAAAUCAGUCAUCCCAAGGUAACGAAGUCAUAGCCUGAUAAAAUCAAUAUCGAUUUUAUCAGCAUGUGGGAGUGCGACCCGGUCUUAUCCUCAGGAGUGGUGAGCAGUUACAACGCAGUCGGGCCCCUGUUCGUUCACACCUUGCAAAGUUUGCUGGCGGCGCAGUGUGCUUUGUCGGGUGAUCAACUAUGGCCAUCUGAUGCCGAGGAAGCUGUUAUCCAUGAUCCUAACUACGACUUCAUAGUGGUGGGAGCGGGUUCUGCAGGCGCGGUAGUCGCCAAUCGGCUCAGUGAGAUACCAGAAUGGAAGAUAUUAUUAAUUGAAGCGGGUGGUAACCCUAACAUGGCUACAGAGACUCCAUCAGCUUUCUACAAUAACAUCAACAGCGUUGCGGAUUGGGCCUACAAACCACAACCACAAGAAUUAGCUUGCAGAGGAUAUAAACAAAAGCGGUGCGCCUGGCCUCGCGGAAAGACUUUAGGAGGCAGCAGCAGUAUUAAUGCAUUGUACUACGUUAGAGGAAACAAAUUAGACUACGAUGGAUGGGCAGCUAACGGUAACACAGGUUGGAGUUAUGAUGAAGUGUUGCCGUAUUUUAUUAAAAGUGAAAACUUUUCUUCAGUUUUAACCGAAGACAAUAUAAAAUAUCAUGGAAAAGGGGGCUAUUUACACGUCAAUAGAAAUGAAAUUAAGCAACCAGUGGAAGAAAUGAUAUUAAAUGGAUUUAAUGAAAUUGGCGUAAAUGUAAUUGAUGAUGCAAACGGCGCAAGACAGAUGGGAGCCACCAUAUCUUACAAUACCAUCAAAGACGGCGUACGUCAUAGUACAGCGAGGGCAUUCCUAAGUGUAAUUAAAGACAGAAAAAAUUUACACGUAUUAAAAAAUGCCUAUGUUACAAAGAUUCUCUUUCAUGCUAACACAAAUAAAAUGAAGGGAGUUUUAAUACAAAAAGAUGGGAAAGAAAUAAAAGUUUUUGCAAAAAAAGAGUUAAUAAUAUCAGCUGGAUCUAUUAACACUCCACAACUACUUCUUCUGUCGGGUAUUGGUCCAAGAAAACAUUUAGAAAGUUUGGAUAUUGAAGUGAUAGCUGAUCUACCGGUUGGUGAAAAUUUACAUGAUCAUCCAUAUUUCCCAAUUUUUUAUAGUUCUCCAACUAACCAAACCCUAAUGACAUUUUCGAAUAUAAGCAAUAACUUCUUAGAAUACAUGUUUACUCAUAAAGGCCAGUUUUCGGAUAUCACACCUAGCAGAGUUAUUGCUUUUCUUAAUGCCUCUGAUCCUGACGCAGUAAGUCCUGAAGUACAAUAUCAUUUUUCAGUCUACUCACCACGAGCUAGUAAUUACGUCGACAUUUUUGGUUUACAUGGAUUAAAAGAUGAUGUAUCACAAAAGUUUAAAGAUAUAAACGACAAGAACUUUAUAGUAGCUGUAUUAAACGCAUUACUAAAUCCUAAGUCAAAGGGUAGAAUAUUGCUUAAAAGUAAAAAUCCAAACGAACAUCCUCUUAUAUAUGCCAAUUAUUUUCAAGAGCCAGAAGACCUUCAAGUUCUGAUGAACAAUGCAAGAAAAUUUAGCUUAAUGUUAGAAAGUACAGAAGCGUUUAAGGUUGGUAAUUUUAAAUUAGAAUGGCUUGAUUUGGAAGAGUGUAGAAGAUUCGACAAGACAUCAGAUGAAUUUUUAGAAUGUUACGCUAGGGAAGUGACAUUUUCCUUGUACCAUCCAGUGGGAACAGCUAAAAUGGGACAUGAUGGCGAUGAGACAGCAGUCGUAGAUCCUGAACUGAGACUUCGUAAAGUAGACGGUGUCAGAGUGGUAGAUGCAAGUAUCAUGCCGUCUGUUGUCAGUGGUAAUACUAACGCUCCUACUAUUAUGAUAGGUGAGAAAGGAGCGGACAUGAUAAAGACUUUCUGGUUGAAGAACAAAUAAUUUAACCCAACUGGAAUUGACUUUACAUACAAUGUUUAAAAAUUUUAGAAGCAUAAGUUAAUUUUAAGUUAAGAAACGUAAUCCGUAAUUAAAUUGACAUACAUAAAUAAUAAUUAUUAUAAUAUGUCACAAAAAACUGUUCGCCUAUUUAAAUUGUACGAGUAUAAUGUUCUGACCUAUACUUAUCCAUAACUAGCUGUCCCCGUGCGGCCUCAUCCGCUUGGAAUUAUGAAAAUUUUAUUUUACUGUUUACAUUUGUCAAAU